AUGUCCCCUAUGAUCACUGACAACCCCACAACCCCCCUCGCCAUACCCGAGCCCAAAUCCAUGACCGUAGACCCUCCUCGCCGUGCUGAAGCCCUAUCGCCCAAUGCCCACGAUCGCUGGGCCCAGGGCGCCGCUCGAUUCGUCUCCAUCAUUCGUCGCUUCGUCGAAAACGACCUCCCCGUGCAGAUGUGUCUGCCUGCGUUCCCGUGGAAAUCGGCAAAUAAGGUGUACAAGGUGCUGGGGGUUUUGCCGGAUAAGGCGGAGGAGGUGGCUCUCAAACGGAUGAAUACUAUCUGUGAGGAAAUGGGGAGGGUGUAUAAACCUGGUGCGGAGUUGCUGGUUAUUUCCGAUGGGUUGGUGUAUAAUGACCUCCUGACGAUCCCCGACCGUGAUGUAUGGGCCUACGGAGAAGGACUACGGGCUAUGGCUGUUGAGAAAGAAUGUACGCAUCUCCGAUUUAGUCGACUCAAGGAUCUGGUGCAUAUGCCGGGUCUGCCGGAUCCACUGGAGGAAAUCACCUACGUGGCUAACGCUUCAAAUUUCCGACGGGCGCUGCUGAAUCAGUUCGAAAAGUCGGAUCUCAACGUGACCAAGGAGAUCGCAGAGAAGGAGGACACCAGACUGACGUACUAUGGGUAUACACGAUUCCUGGAGAACGACCUGCGGCAUAUCUUCGAACGGGGAGAGAAUCGUAGUGGGAUGAAGUAUCGGAAGGAUGUUAAGUAUUUGGCUAAGCAGAUGAUUGCACGAGGAUAUGCAUUCGGAGCAGCUGUCAAGCAUAAUUUCCCUGACUAUCUCCGUCUCAGUAUCCACCAGUCAACAGGCGAGCACAAGGUGUCUAUUAGUCUGUUGCCGACACGCACGUCGUACACGACGCCGUGGCACUGCAGCGUAGCGUUCCUGGCUGAUGGAAGUCUGAUCAGUCGGCCUAAGGGGGAAUUUGAGGACGAUCCGAGGUAUGAGCUGAACAAACAGAUACGCAUCUACAAUACCCUCUAUCGCAUCCCCUGCGAAAAUCUUCCUGAUCUCCGUCGCGCCGUGGCGACGACACGCAGCGGUUCCACCCCUGGCGCCGUGGACGGAAGUCUCAUCAUCACCGUGGUAGAGGCCAAAUCCUCCGGAUUAGAAGUCGCUUGA